AUGGGUUCGUGCUUCUCAAAGCCUCGGGUGGAGGGAGGCGAUGCUUCUUCUGAGAACGGAGGGAAGAAGAGGCAGAGCAGCAGAACGUCUGGCAAGAAGCCUGAUGUUGAAACGGCCGCACGAGGGAGCUCGACCGUCGAGCAGCAAGGCCAACACGUGCGGAAAAUGAACGCCGAGGCAAAGAAUGGCCAAGUGUUUGCGCAGCUAGCGUCAGCUGCGAUAUCUACCGCGGAAGCAGAACUAGCAGCAGCAAGAGAAUCAGGUAGUAGCAGUGGUGGUGUUGGUGCUGCUGCUAAUGUUGCUGCUGCUGACAGAGCGGAUAUGGGGCGCGAGGACGAAGCAAACGAGGAGUUUGCAGAUGCGCCCUCCAGGCAGGACUCGGGGGAAGAUGAGCUCCAGAGCGCCAGAGAAGACUCAAGCUCGCAAGCAGCAAGUGGAGCGGAUAUAGAAAUCAGUGUGACUGACCGCCACGUGCCUACCAUGGCCAGUGGUCCUGGUCCGGGUUCUGAUCUGCCAGAGAUUCGGCCUGCUCGUAACGUUCCUCCCACGACAGAAGCAUCGGCUGCAGAAGAUUGGGCUUGUCAGAGGACUGCGAGUAGUGUGGAUGUAGAAGGAAGAGCGACGGAAGGGGUUCAAUCAGAGGAAGCGAGGCGAGAAGGGGUACCCGCGGGGUCAGAGGCGUACAGCGGGGAAGAGAUGAGAUUGGACGGUGUAGAUGGAGCGGUGGAAAGGAAUUCCAGUGGCAGGAGACGUUUAUCUGGAGAAAAUCAAGUGCGUCAUGGGAAGAGCAUUGCAGCUGGCACAGCAGGCCGGACUCGAAAUGGUGACAAACAGCUGCAGGAAGACAGCAGAAGCAGGGGAGGAGUGAAAGGCGAAGAUGGAAGGGCGGUGGCGCCACAAGUAGCAAAGGCAACUCAAGCACCAGGUAACCCAGCAGCAGCAAGAUCAGCAUCAGCAUCAACAGCAGCAGCAGAAGCGGCUGUCAGGCACUCAUCAACUCUGCUCGGCCCAGUACUGUCUGACUCCGCUGCUCUUGAUUACUAUGGACCGUCGCUGCUCAAACAAGGGUCACGGAGGGGCAGGAGCAGAGAGUUCAGCAGGCGGGGCGAUGGGGGUGGCAAGGGCUGUCUGCAGUAUGAGGCGAGUGGGAGUGAUAGCGAGGAGGGGGAUAUGCAUGCAGGGCGGAUGGGUAAGGGCAAGGCUAGGGUUUGUUUGGGUGGCGAAUAUGGGCUGGAUGGGGAUGGAACGGAUGGGUACUGCUUUCCCAGGAGGAAAAGAAAGGCGAGUCGGCAGGGUAAGAGUGUGGUGGAGAGCGGUGCAGAGAGAGAUGGUAGGGUUGUGUAUGAAGGGGGGCUUGUGGGAAGUAGCACCAGAGGGAGAGGAGAGGUGUAUGAUCAAGUGCAGGAGCCUAAUGGAGGGGCGCGUGGGAAUGAGGAGGGCUUGAUGGUACAGGUGGUGAAGAGAAGACGAGGACGAGAGAAAGAGAAGGAGGAGAAGGAGAAGCAGAGGGUUCCUGUGAAUGCAAACGACGGGCUUAACGUUUUCAUGAUGACUCGUAAGUUCUCUUGCUUCUUGCAUUGCCUGGCUUUGCUCCUGUGCUUGCUUCCUCGCUUCCUGCAAUCCUCUCAUCCUCCUUCUUCCCUUGUUCCUAAGACGCUGUUAAGCUUCUUGGCGCAAUCCUGUUUCCCCCUUGCGACAGAGAAAGGCACGAGGGGAAAGAAGGGUAGUAUUCAGCGCAAACCAAGGCUAGCAGCUGGUGGCGAAGAAGCAGCAACAGCAGGGGCAGCAGGAAAGGCAGCGAAGGGCGAGCGUGCAUGGUGGGGGGCGGCCCCUCCUGAGUUCGUGGAUGCAAACAGCCAUUCUGACGAUGACUUCCAGUCUGCACGUGCUGACACCCUGUCACAGGCGAGUUCCAUGACAGCAGCUAGCCUGUGCCAGAGAGGCGCACAAGCAGGCAUGAUGCUGCCGGCGCAGGCAGGCAGGGCACUAGUGGGCAAGCUGCAGGAGGGCGCAGGAGCGUUGCUCACCAUCCACCACUGUGACUCGCGCACUCAGCAGCAGCCCGCUACUCCCAUGCUUACUCCAGAGGCAGAUGCAGGUGGUAUGAGCGUCCGUCCCUCCUCCCCCCGUUGCUCCAAGGGCCUGUCCUCCGUAUUCUCAGUUGCUCGCAAGGUGCUCUCCCCUCGUGGGGCCCGCGUGUCAGCAUCCUCCUCCUCUUCCAAAGCAGGCGGCAGCAAGCCAUGCGUGCCAUCCUUGAGUGGGGAGAGGAGGGUUCAUGGGAAGGCAGGAUUAAGGAGGAGGAAGGAUGGGACCGUGGGGAGGGGGCAACAGGAGCUUGGAGUGGGAGUGGAGCAGGAGGAGCAGGAGGACGAGGAGUUCCAUAGUGCUGGGAGUGAGAACUCUGAUGAGCUGGAAGAAAUGUUCAACACAGCGCCUCUGCUCCUCACCACCCCGCCGCCACACCUCCCCUCGCCAAGUGCGGGCAAGCCUGGAGAUUUUUCAGAGGACGAAGGAGAGGGCAGUGGGGCGGAGCAUGAUUCACAAGAGGGGGUGGAGGCGGCAGAGGAUCAAGAGGGAAGGCGCACCGCAACAGGCAGUUGUGGGAAAGUGGAGUCUGGGACGCGCGUUGCUGCACAAGCACAACAGCAGGCUGCCAACGCUGUUACACCUGCUGCUGCUGCCGUUGCAGCUCGCGAUGAUGCCAAUGAUGCCGGUGCCACCACCAUUGGGGCUACAGCUGCUGCACCCCACCCACACCGCGCCUCCCGUUCUCCCCUCCAAACGUUUGGCGCUACGAUGCUCUCUGCUGCCCGCACUGCACUCUCCCCCUCCCGUCGCUUCUCCUUCUCACCUGCCACUGCUCCUGGCCCUGCUGCUGGCACGCGGAAAGUCAGGGCAUGGAGUAUGGGCGGUAGUGGGGACGAGAGGGAGGUGGGUAGGUCACAGCAGAGUGGAAGUAAGGAAGGGGGUGAUGGUGCAAGGAUGGCGCAUGGAGCGUCAGCAGCGGAAUGGCUGGAAAAUGAAGUUUUUGCUGUGCAUUCAGAUACAGUGAUCAAGCCAGCCCCACCCAGCAGCCCCUCAUUCACACUUUCUCAACCAGUCGCCUCCACCUCUCACUCCUCCUCCACUCACCCCCAUAUCCCAACCUCUCUCUCUGAUCUCCAUGUAUCUGCCUCCGCACAACCAUCCCCUCGACUCCACCUGCACGUCGAUUCAAAUGCUGCUGAUCCCACCUCUUCCUCCCGUCGCCCCUUUUCCUCUCCAAGCUCGCCCACCAUUGCCCUGCACUCUUCUUCCUUCCGUUCCACAUCCCCUCGCACCUCGUUUCGCCACUCCCCCUUGUCCUCUCGAACGCGUGUUCGGGCAAAGCAGACACACCGGCCCUUCUCCCCUGGUUCGGCCGCACCUCGGAGGCUCUCCGAUGCUUCAGCAACAGCAGCAGCAGCAGCAGCAGCAGCACGAGCAGGAGCAGGGGAAGCAGCCGGAACAGCAGGAGCGGGACGAGAAGGGGCAGGGGGGGCAAGGUCACGUGUGACAGUACACGGAGGGGCAGCACGAGAUGGGACAGAAGGAGAGGGCACAGCAGCAGCAGCAGCACAACGAGGAGGGCUGCCUCGAUGGAAGUCACUUCACACAUCCUUCUCCGUGCCCUCCCUGCAUAAGCUCGCUCACUCCGUGGCUGCUGCUGCUGCCUCUGCUGCUUCUGCCACGCCUCCUGUCUUCAGGAGUCCACCUCCUGUCAGGACCCCUAGGCAGCGCAUGACAGAUGCGGAGGAGGAGGAGGAAGGAGAUGAAGACGAGGAGGACUUUGGGGCGUUCAGAGGGGUUUACUGGGAGAGGGAGAGGGAGCGGCGGCAGGAGCAACCAGCACGAGUGAGCGUGCCAGUGCGCGUGGAUUCGGAGACUGCAGUUGCCAAGAUGUUACUAGCCCCCCGCAAGGUCCUUCACAUGCCUGAGCCAGGGUCGCAGCUACCACACCAUGUGUCCCUCUCCCGUCCUCCCCGCCGUCGCUCUUCCCCGCUCGUCAUCUCCCCCGAUUCCUCUCCUGACCGUGCCUCCUGCACCUCGCCUCCCCUGUCCGCGCCACCACCCCCCCACUGCUGGAUGACCGUCAGCCCAGCAUGCUUGCCUGUGCGCGGAACAAGCUACUUCAGCACGGGUGGGAAGCAGGCAGGGCAUCACAUGACGCCAUACACAGUGACAGCAGUGGAUGUAUUUCACACGCCCCACAAGCUCACCCACAUUGCUCGCCUCCUUGACCUUCCUUCUGCUGCCGCCGCUGCCACCGCUGCCGCCACCGCCACCGCCCACUCCUCAGCUGCUUCCUCCCCGCGCACUGCACCCCCCGGUGCUGCUGCUGCGGUGCCCAUCCACACGCCGCGCUCUCACAUCCCGCUGCUGUCAUCUGAUUCACAUGCAUCAGAGGGGUUUAGCCUCGUGCUCUAUGCGUACCUCUGCCCCGCAUUCUUCUCAUCCGCGCCCCCCCACAUGCUGGCGCUGCUCCGGGGGCUCAAGGGCGGGGUGGAGACAAUGAAGGAGGAGGAGGUGGCGCGAGUCUCUGCCAUGCUGUCAGGCGCUGCUGCGUUUGUCCCCUUUAAAGAGCGCCUCAAGCUCAUGGUUGUGCGCAGAGAUGGGGCGAAAGACGCCGCCCGGACAGUCCUAGCACGGGAGGACGGGAAUGGGGACGCGAGGAGGGAGAGGGCAGGAGAAAGGGGGUGUGGAGGGAUGAGGGGCGAGGCUGGAGGGUUGCAUGUAGAGGAGGGAGAGGAGGACGAGGAGGAGGAGGAGGAGGAGGAGAGGGGGGGGAGUGAUGAGGAAGGGAUUUCAGAGGAGGAGGAUGGUGCGGUGGAGGCAGGAGUUGGGAGGAGCUGUGUGCGCAGGAGGAAGGGGGGAGUGAGAAGGAGAAUAUCAAGGACGGUGGGGAGAGUGAUGGGAGUUAGGGACAAAUCAGGGGGUGUAGCAGCAGGAGGGAGGGGGCGGAGAGAGGAGUGGGGAAAGGAGGAGAGCGCUGCAAUCCUAACACACCCAUACCAGAUGUUCUUCCGGGGACCCGACUACUUGGAGAUAGACAUAGACCUGCACCAGCUGCCUCAAUCGUCCCGCAAGGCCCUGCUGCCUCUCCUCUGCACGCUCCCCGACUCCUCUCUCGACCUUGCCCUCAUUGCCCAGGGAAACAACCAGAAUGAGGUGCCUGAGCCAGUAAUUGCAUGUGCUAGACUCAACCAUUUGAGUCCUGGCUUGUUCGCUACGCUUCUCCCCACAAAACAUUGA